AAAUCUUUGUCAUUUUUCUUUUUCAGUGUCAAACCUGUCACAGCCGGGUACGUUUGCCGGUAACGACGCCAUCGUGGCCUUCGCUCGCAGCCAGCAAUUGAAAGUGGUUAUUCAUCAGCUGAACGCUCCAUUGUGGGAGAUAAAUGGUACAGAGAAGCCUUCAUGCCGUGAGCUACACAUGGCAUAUCGCUAUGGAGACCAUUAUGACAGCGUCCGAAAGACUGGAGACAACUCUGAGAGUCCGGCUCAUCUGCGUAUAGAGAGUCUGAAUAAUUGCAGACGCUUUGGAGACGGUCAGAAGGAAAAGUCGAGAGGCUCUCACUCUGAAGAUGAAGAGCUGAUCUUGAGCAUUCUCUGUGCCCAUAGUCAAUCAGACAAUCUGUGUCAAUCAAGGGCCACAUCACAGACAUGCCACAGUGAUUGGCUGGAGUCUGAACUAAACAACCUAUCAUCACAGAGAGAUUGUGCCUCAGGGACACACCCUUUAUGUCAAGGCAUGCAGGCAGAAUGUAGUGAAAACACAUCGCCAACAGAGGGCAGCAUCUCACAUAAACCCAAGCUCUCUAAUAAACAAAGGAAAGAGCAACAGCGC